AUGUCCAUAGACGAACGACGUGAGCAGUCACAGCGUGCUUCACAAUCCAUUGGACAAUACCUGUUACAGGGCUGGGCCUUAAUCGAUGAAAUAUGCCCAAAUGAUAUCUGUUACGGCAUACCAUUAUUACGUUCUCGAGACAAAAAAAAAUAUUGUGUGAUUUGCCAACAAUAUUACAUAAAUGAAUCCGAUUUGGAGAAUUCAAAAUGCAAAACUACGCGUGAUUUUACUCCACAAACAUCCACAUCAUCUAAUAGGUCCGUAUUUAAUGAAGAAAAGCACAAAGUUCACACAAAAGAUGCGGAGAUCAUAGUCGCCUCUUCAUUUAAUAAUUAUAACGAAACACUCAAUACAGCACAAAAAGUCAUCAUAUCAAAGAUUGAAGAAUUAAGCGUUUAUCUACAAGAUACCAUCGACUUAUCUGAAGUUAAAAGUAUAUGUGAUGCAAUUAAAAAUUGUGCUCAGACUUUGGAAGUUUUGAGAGCGUUGAAUAAAACUUGA